AUCUUUGAUGUAAAAUGAUAGAGUGUUAGUGCAACUUUAAAUAGAAGCAAUACAAAAAGUUUGUUGUUGGGUUCUUUGAAGUGAUGGAGGCACCACCAUUUUCCAAUCUGGAAGAGCAUCAUGAUGAUUCUUUGUUUAACUACCUCAACAGUCUAUCUCCAUUAAACCCACCUGCCAUGGAUUAUUCUCUUUUCACAUCACCCAAUGCGUCUUCUUUUGAGGAAUCCACAUUCCUCAUUGCUAGGGAUAACCUUUUGGACACAUCAAACCCUCAAGUUUCGUCUCAGAAUGUUCCUACUUAUUCUACACAAGAUUGUGAUUACAAUAACUUAAUUAGUACAACACAAUCUUUAAUGGAUACCAAUCCAAUUCAGACAGGGAAUCAUGAGGUCCCCGAAGUUGAGUCUACGAAAGAUUUCACUAAGUUUUUAGUUCACAUUACGGGUGAAGACUUCUGUCGGAGUACCCUCAAAAUGAAGAGUAAACAAUUGGAUCCUUCAAACAUGAAAAAAAAGAGGAAACUUGGUUCUUGUUCAAAACAUGAAAAGGAAGAGGAAAGUGCUGAUUUCUCUCAGAGUACUAGCCUAAAAAAGAAGAGGAAAAUCCGCAUAUCAGGUCACUGUAAAUGUAAAAAAACAAGCUGCCUGAGGAAAUAUUGUGAAUGUUUUAAGGGUGGUGUUGGUUGCUCCCCAAGUUGUAAGUGUCAAGGAUGCGAGAAUAUAUAUGGUAAAAAGGAUAGGGAGCUUCAAGAAACAGAAGCAUUACAGAUUUCGAGGCCAUUGGUUCCAUUACCUUAUUUAUCGUUGGAAAAUCCGCAAAGAUCUUUUUGUGCUGAAUUGUUUGGCAGCCAAAACCAAGAGCUUGCAAAGGCAUUGAGUUAAACUCAUGCAUUCACUCAUUCAAGAAGUUAAAUUUCCUGCAGGAAUUCAGAUUUAACUAUUGAAUAUACUAAAGUUAUAUACUUUAGAAGUGGAUUAUAGUUUGGUUAGUGAGAGAUUAUGUGGAUUAUUAUAGUUGUGUACAUUCAUUGUGCUUCAUCCA